CAGACAUCAUCUAAAAUGUAAUUACUUCCAAAUUUUUUAUUAGUAAAUCUCUACACUACUUUUGGAGAAUAAGGAUGUAUUACUUUGCAAUUUUAUUUUGCACUCUUUUUGUGCCCUUCGCUCAAUCGCUCCAUGUACCAUCUGUUGUACAGUUUGAGAAUAAAAGCGAAAUAUCUGAAUUUAAUAAAAUCAUUGAUACAAAUUCUGAAUCGAUACCAGACAAGGAGAACAAUUUUAAAUCACGGCCCAUUAGAGAGGCGUACCCAUAUAAUUUUCCACAAUUUUUUUCUGGUGGUUUUGCGAUGGCGAGUUGUUGUAUAGGAAACGGAAUCCGGCUAACUAAAACUUGCACGAAUGUACGAUGUACAAUUCAAACAUGUCAAAAUGGACAUUGUACAACUGAGGUAACAAGAAGUAACGGAGCCCAUGUGUCCUGCCCAUAAAUUUUUCCUUUUGUUAUAGAAAAUAACCAGGAAAUUUUUUUUUAAAAAAGUAUAUUCUUUAUUCAAAUAUAUAAACUAAGACACCUGGUUUGUUGUUGUAAUAAAUUUUUUGUUCCUCUAAUAAUUCAAAAUUAAUAUACAUAGUGUUUUUUAUGUUCCGGACCACUUGAAAAAUUUUUUUAAUUUCAUUUUUUAAAUAAAAAAAGUAAAAUUAAAAAAACAAAAUUUAGAUGGUUCGGAAUUUAAAAAUCACCCUCUAUGUAUAAUUAGUAUUAAUUACUAAUUUCUGCUAAUUUCAAUGUAAUUAAAUUAAUUAUUUCUAACAAUUA